AUGAUGGAAGUGCAGCAGCAACACUCGCCGGUCGGGGUGGGUCCCUUGGACUUUUCGCGAAGGGGUGUCGCCGAGGCGUCCGCUUUUCGCGUCGUCAAGCCAAAGCAGACGGCGUCCUCGCUGGUGCAUCAGCAGGCGUUGUCGCCGGAAGCGAACAACAACGAGCAUCUCCAAGAGAGCCCGCAGAUACCCGUCGAGGCUGAAGGUGGCUGCAACGUGCGUUUGAUGUUCCCCAGACUGUGGGCCCCUUUUGGAAACGCCACCGAGGUCACGAACUUACCGCCUUUGCAUAAGAGUCACUCAGAACGACUGUCCUUCGGGGUGGGUCGCCUGGUGGGAUCUCCGGCAACGAGUCCCUCUCCGUCUCACUCCCCCUGUCCGGACUCGCCGCCGUCGGAUCGACGAGACGCGGAGGUCGACGUCGACGUCGACGAGGAGGAAGUGGACGUGGACGUCGAGGAAGUCGAGGACGAUCGCGACGCCGCCUCGAGUCCACCCCGGUCCUCGACAACGCCCUCACCGACGAGCAUCGCGACGUCGCCUGCUUCGAACCCGCCCAAGAAGUCUGGCGACACGUUCAGCGUUUCCGCCCUGCUCAGGCCGGAUCCGCCAUCCGCGCACAUGCAGAAUGCCUCUCCGCAUCGCGAUACGGCGUCGAUCGGCGGACAUCCGCCGCCGCCCGGAUCCACGAUGCUCUAUCCGCCCCUUCAUCUUCAGGGUGGACUGCUGCCACCUCAUCCCCAUCAUCCCCUAUCGUACCUGCACCCUCAGUUGCUGCCUCAUCAUUUGUUACCCCCGCACCUGCACCCGUUGUUGCGCGGCGUUCAUCCGGGUCACCCUGGCCUGCACUCGACUCACACGGCCCACGGGCUCCAUCACCCUCAUCCUCUCGGCGACGUCUACAGCUGCGUCAAGUGCGACAAGAUGUUCAGCACGCCUCACGGUCUCGAGGUGCACGCAAGGAGGUCUCACAAUGGCAAGCGGCCGUUCGCCUGCGAGCUCUGCAAUAAAACCUUCGGCCACGAGAUCAGCCUAACGCAACACAGAGCCGUGCAUUCCGCGGAGAAGGUGUUCGAGUGCAAGCAGUGCGGUAAAGCGUUCAAGCGUUCUAGCACUCUGAGCACGCAUCUCUUAAUCCACUCGGACACGAGGCCGUAUCCCUGCCAGUUUUGUGGAAAGAGAUUCCACCAGAAGAGCGACAUGAAGAAGCACACCUACAUACACACCGGGGAGAAACCGCACAAGUGCCAGGUAUGCGGAAAGGCGUUUUCCCAAAGCAGUAACUUGAUCACGCAUUCCAGGAAGCACACCGGCUUCAAGCCGUUCGCUUGCGAGCUCUGCGGCCGCGCUUUCCAACGAAAGGUCGAUCUGAGAAGGCAUCGCGAGACCCAGCACGCCGAUCUGAACGCCUCCCAGCGACCGGCGAUCGGCGCCAUCCCCGGACAGAAUUCUCUGUCCAACGGUAACCCGACUAUGAUGCAGUGAACGACGCUCGAACGAUAAUCGAGGAAACUGUGUACGCCACCCUCCGUGGGGGCAAUGUUGGAAAACGUCGCGAGGAAACGUUCCUUUCGCCGCAAUCGAUGAACCCGCGUCCCAUCGUCGAACGUGAGCGCGAACUGUGUACAACGGCACUGUACAUUCGUAAGGACAGGACUAUGUAUUUAUUAUUUAAUAAUUCGAAACGACGUUGCUGCAACGGGCCGUGCGUUCGAAACGGAGCUAUAGACGAACAAGCGUAAGCGAUACGCAUUAUCGUUACCAAAAGCUGUACAUUCCAUGCCGCGAUUCCAGCAAGAAAGUAUAGGGCAGAAUAGAACUUUUUCGACGACCUUUUGUUCUCGGGCGGAGCACGACGUUACUCGUCGACGAGACGCGUUUCUCGCGGAUCCGCGAUAGAUCCAGAGAACCGAUCGAGGAAGUUUCUUUGUUCCGAACGUCGCUACUCUCCGUGUUGAAUCGUUCGUUAAAUACCGAUAAUCGAUCACUGUACUUCUCUUAUUAAGUAGUCGUUUACGCGUGGCUUUUUGCGACGAUUGAACGAGUAUUUUUUUUGUUUCCUUUUGUUACACGAUUCACUAAAUUGUACUUAAUCGAACUCUUACCCGAAUUUGGUACACUCGUGGCUGUUUGAUAGUUUGUUUAAUUUGUCUUACGCGUUCGAAUUUUAAUUUUCAUCGGGAUCGACGAACUUUUCGGUUUGGUACUCGUUCGGUCGUCGUCGAUCGACAACGUGUAAAAAAGUACGAUGGAAACGUACUGUAUUUUGCAUAUCUCCCGCACCUAUCGUUCAAGAAAGGGCAUCUCCUACUCCAAAGUUGCAACUGUGACCAAAAAAUACUUGUAAAUAAACUAGCACCGUAUCUCGCCUAGCCUAAGCGUAUAAAUAUAUACAUAAUAUAAAUACGACUAUAAAUACAAACGAGUCGAGGCUAUAAAUAUUAUAAAUAGAGACGAAACACGCGUUAGAGGGCGGAUUUGUUCCAAAACAGGGGCGGAGAAACGUCUCCGCUCCGUUGGUAAGUCUCGCCAAGAACAAGUAAUUGUAUUCUUCCUCUCUUCUUGCUACCAAAGUUUUUAUUGUUGUACCAUUACUAUCAUUAUGUAAUUAUUGUAAU